AUGGCCGACCAUGUGCCGAGAUCGGCGAGCCACACGCGUCGCGCGGCGGCUCUCGCACCUUGCUCUGCGCUAGCGCUCGGUAGCUUAGCCGUCCAAGCACCGAUGCUUACACCGCGGAUUGUACACGUCGACGCGCCGGUGUGCCAGGAUCUUUCCGUGUUCAAAGAACUCAUGAACGAGUAUCGGAAACUGGACGAUGCCAUCACAAUGCGCAUGAACCGCACGACGGCACAAUUUCGCGAUCGAGACCGCGAGGGCCACGCUGGAAAAGGAAGCGUGCAGGAUCAGGCAUGCGAAUAUCUCUGGAGGGAUCUUGUUGAGAACUGGAAGCGCAGAGAGUCAAUAAUCGAGUAUUGCGUUGGGGUCGUGGACAAGAGUGCGGAGGAGAAGCGGGUGGCUCUACAGCAGGACCCGAGUGCUGCCGAUGAGCGAAUGCAAAGGAGGAUACGAGCAGAGAUGUACGCACAAGAGACCAAGAGAAACCAAGUUCAUAACGAGCUCGCGGUCGAGAAGAUCGUACGCAACCGUUCUCACAAUGUAUUCACGGGAGGCAUUCGGACCUGGAAACCUGGAUGA